CUACGGCGGCGCGGCGUCCGUCCGUCGGGAGGCGAGGCGGAGCCGCGGAGCCGCGGAGACGGGUUCGCGUCCGCGGCCCUGAACGCAUCGGCGCGGCUGUUGUUAGUCGAUGUGGUGUUCGGGGUCGGGCCGUGCAUCUUGUCCGUUUCCGUGCUGAUGGCAGAGCCUCGAUUUAACAACCCGUACUUCUGGCCGCCACCUCCAUCCAUGCCAGGCCAGCUGGAUAACCUGGUGCUCAUCAACAAGAUCAAGGAGCAGCUGAUGGCGGAGAAGAUCCGACCCCUGCACCUGCCGCCUACCUCCAGCCCCUCGCAGCAGUCUCUGCUGGUUCCCACCUCGUCGCCGGACGGCAGCACUCAGCACGGCAUGCAGAAGCAGCAGCAGGUGCCGGGCCACCACCCGCAGCCGCAGGGCUCUGGACAGCCGGACAUCGCUCUGCACGCUCGCCCCGCCUCCAGCUCUGGACCAGAUGGAACGAUGGACGACAAGUCGGCAGUGAAAGCCAAAGGAUUGUGGGAGGACUGGCACAUGAGACAGCUUGGCGAGCAACACGGCCGGGUCAACCAUCGCUCAGGUCAGCUGAGUCUCUGUGGUCUGUUGACACAGGGAGGCGGAGUGGGUUGGUCAGCCUCAGCUCUGGCUCCUUCAUCCCGGCCCGACAGCCACGGCACCUCGGAGGCCCUGACCCCCACGACUCCGACCUCCAGCGGCCAGAACCGUCUCGGCGGCGCCCCCUCUGUGAACAUCAUCUCUGGGCUGGCCAGCGGCCCAGGCAUGGAUCACAUGAAGGCUGGAGGCCUGGCAGGGCUGUUGGGCCCCCCGCCCAAGGCAACCCGGGGACGGAAGAAGAUCAAGGCGGAAAACCAGACUGGGCCUCUGCUGGUGGUGCCCUACCCCCUUCUUACCGACCAGGGCUGUGUCACUGUCGCACCCAAAGAGGGCAAAACCUACAGAUGCAAAGUGUGCCCACUCACCUUCCUGUCCAAGUCAGAGAUGCAGAUCCACUCCAAGUCCCACACGGAGGCCAAACCACACAAGUGUCCCCACUGCUCCAAGACGUUCGCCAACGCCUCCUACCUGGCCCAGCACCUGCGCAUCCACCUGGGGAUCAAACCCUACCACUGCUCCUACUGUGAGAACUCCUUCCGUCAGCUGUCACACCUGCAGCAGCACACCAGAAUCCACACUGGCGACAGGCCUUACAAAUGUGCUCACCCCGGAUGUGAAAAGGCUUUCACCCAGCUGUCUAACCUCCAGUCUCACCAGAGGCAGCACAAUAAAGACAAGCCGUAUAAAUGUCCCAACUGCUACCGUGCCUACUCGGACUCCGCGUCAUUGCAGAUCCACCUGUCGGCGCACGCCAUCAAAAACGCUAAGGCCUACUGCUGUAGCAUGUGUGGCCGGGCAUACACCUCAGAGACCUACCUUAUGAAGCACAUGUCCAAACACACGGUGGUGGAGCACCUAGUGAGCCACCAGUCGCCCCAGCGGACCGAGUCCCCCAGCAUCCCCAUACGCAUCUCCCUCAUCUGAGCUCCCCUCUCCCCCGGCCGCUCAGCUGCAGGUCGGAUCCAGAGUCUAUGUUCGGCUGGAGCUCACGAGGCCUUGCACCCAUGGCCAUCUACAUAAGGCUUACAUUAGCAUUAUGACAGCUGACAUACAUUCAGUGCAUUCAGACCAAUGUUAACGUUGCAGUAGCUCAUGCUAAAAUCAUUUACAUUUUUCCAUUUUUCAUCAAUCUACACUCAAUGCCCAGUUGUGACAAAGCAGUAAUAGCGGACUGAAGACGAUCAAGAGAAAUGCGAAAGGAGCUGAGCUCAUAUUUGAGGGUUUUUUUUUCCCUUUUUAAUCAAUUCACAGAACUUUCUAAAAGUUUGUGAUUUUUGGUUGUUGAGUGUAGAUUGAUGAGGGGAUUUGUGAGGAAUUUCAAUAAUUUUAGCUCAAGGCUGCGACGUAACGGAGUGUGGGAAAAGGUGAAGAGGUCUGAGUUCUUUCUGAACUCUGUAAACAUUCAGUGCGAGAUUCGGCAAGCGGACCGCCUCGAUUCAUCUCGGAACAGGCUGUCGGUCGUACAUGAGCACAGCGUUAUUUUGUGAAUGUAACAAUACAGCUAGAUGUUGUCCGGAGGAUCGAGUGGCAAAGAAUGUCUUGCGUCAGAUUUAAUAAGCACUUUCGUAAGCGUCAUGUAAACUGCCGGAUGCAUUGGCCAUCGGAAAUGUUUUAGUUUGUCGUUUUUGUUUUUUUCUCUUCCAUGAAAUGGGUUUUGAAAAUGAUGCCAGAUGAUAUUUGCCCUUAUAAAGAAUUGAGAAAGUAGAAAAAAGAAAAAAGUUUGCUGGGUGUAUUCUGGAAACAUCCAAAGAUAAUCUUCAAGCACUUUUUAGGCCUUGUGAUUUUGGCUCAAAUUGUUUUAAUCUCGUCGGAUGGAAAAUGCCAAAGGGCAUUACUUGUGGCAGCUAAGAGAACGGACUGUGUGUGAAUAACAGUCUUUGUGUUACUUUCUUUGCUUUUGCUCCCAUUUCUGUGCAAGAACACAUUUACAGGGUCGUCUAAAUUUGAAGAGAGGCAAUCGGUAGAUGACAAUUUCAAACGUUUAAUGAUUGUAUUAAGAAGUUGCAUUGUUGAUUUGGGGGGAGGACGAAAAGAAAAUAGAGCAACAUGGAAGGGAAGAAAGAUGAUUGUUUUUUUGUUUGUUUAUAUUUCCAAAAUCUUUCACUCCAUAUUUGACAUUCACUUUUACAGCACCUUUAUGGUCGUAACACACGAUCAAAACAAACACUGCUUUUUACAUCAUGUUUUUCCUCACAUCCCAUUAUCUUGUGCCAUAUAUGAUCCUCGUCGAAGUGUCGAGAGAAAGCAGCUAGUGUGCUAGUGUGUGUCUGCUUCCUCCGCUCGGUUAAGCUUUGACUUUCUUUUCUUUUUUAAAUUAGCAGUAGAGGUGUAUCUCGCAGAGGUUGAACACAUUGCACAUGCAUCAACGCCUGCUCUACUUUUAAAUACACUUCAGCUGAAAUCAAAUUUUACUCGACUGGUAACUUUUAGUCCAGUGGUGUAAACCUCACCACUGGACCAAAAUGUGAAGUUGUCGUGCUCUGACCCCAUUAAGAUUUAAAAAAAAAAAAAAAAGCUUUACCCAUUUCAAAUAAACUGCAGUAAGUCAUAUUCCAUUGGCCUAUAUUUUGAGUUCAUGUGGAGGUGAUGCUCCUUUUGUUGUUGUUUUUAUCCUCUCUCCGUAUUCUUUUUAUUGUACACAGUAUUGUUUGUUGUAUUUUUACUGUAACUUUUAAACUCUGGAUGGUACUAUUAGGGUACCCUGUGUUCUCCAGGGCACUUGAGACAAGGUGCUACUGCUAGACGUUUGAGAUGGAACUGAGAAUUAUGUAAAAUACAUAUACAGUAUAUAGUAUGUUUUCAAAAGAAUAAAAACCUAUUACUCAAGCCACUGGCCUGAAAACAGACAUUUACGCCAACAACAGACCCUGCCUCUUCAACUUACUCUCUUUUGAGAUAAUGGGAAAAAUGUACAUGUUGCUGUACUGUAAAACAUGCUACUCAUUUAUAGUACCGAUUUUUAAGUUUUCAUAAACAUGCUCCGUUUGGGUUUUGUAAAAGCUAAUGUAUGGACUUACUGUAAUUAUUUUAGUCUACCCGUAUGUUAUUAAUAUUCAUGUUUUAUAUCAGUUCUUUUACAUGUAAGCCUUAACUGUUCUAUCAUCCCAUUUCCAUUAAUCUGUAUUGUGUUCUGCAGUAUUCAAUCGUGUAAACAUUUUUAUUUUUUCUUCCUUCCGCAUGGAGUUCCUGAGCUGUAAACUGUAUGAUAACUGUUUAACCCAUGUUCUCUAUGAAAAGAUAUUGCGUAGAUUUAUUACACUUUUUCCUGUCUUGCAUUGUGGUUUCAUAUACAGUUUCUAGACGACUAAAUAUGCACAGCCAAGACUGAGGAGUUAAACUAAGGUUAUCAAUGUUUAAAAAAGGAAAAAAAAGCUUUGUAUCUUUACCUUGUUUAAUAAACAGACUGUUACAAAUUG